GGAAUAUGACACCUUGAACUGAUCCAGAUCUGUCGGAUGCCACUAACUCGACACACACCAUUUCUCCGUCCCUGACGAGAAUAUCGUGGAAGACUUCAUCGAAAUUGUCCACCAUGAAGCAGAUGUGGGGGUUGGCCAACGUGGCGUUGUUUGUGUUGGUUAGGUUGUGUUUGGUUGGCCGACCGUUUUCCGCCGAAAACAUGACGAAAAACAAGCAUUGCAUGCUGUGUUUUUCCUCGUACGGAAGAAUUUUGAACAUCCACGAGGUGUAUUAUAAGGAAGCGCAUCCAGUUAAGGAUGACCUUGUCGAGUUUCUCGGCAAUCAUGUUUCACAGUUCUUGCAAGACGACGAUUCGCUGUGUCUUACAUGCAAAAAUGUUGUGGGAAAUGUUGCUGAAAUUAAAAGGCUCGUAACACCAUUGGUAUGCCGUACACACAGGGAUGAUCGGGAUGAUCAUAAGAAAACACUUGACUUUGGCGAUUUGUGGGAGAAAGUGGGCAAGGCCAAAUAUGAGGCCACCCCUGACACUGAAAAUGUCAUGUUAAGGAUAACUCCCAGUUAUUGCACACCUACAUCAUCAUCAUCCCCAGAAAAUAUUUUGUUUGUUAGACAUGCCCUUCCGUAUGAUCCUUAUGUGGAAGAACUAAUUGAGGAACGUGAACGAAAAAGAAGCUUAAGCCGAGCGAGUAUCUCCAGCUCAAAUAUUGAAGUUGCUGAUAUUAUGAAAAAGAGUGAUAAAAGAAGAAAAUCAACAUCACAUAGGCCACAUACUGUAGCUACAGAUGAAAAACCGAGGUCAAAUUCUAGACGUCAGUCGAGGUCCAGAAGGGGAAGACCUAGGAAAUCUGAUUUUGAAUCUGUUAUAAAUUUAAGAACAUUGAUCAUUUGUAAUGAAGUGGGUUGCAAUGAAAUCUUCUAUAAUAUUGAUCAAUUCACUAUGCACAAGAAAUUCAUCCACAAUGACAUGCUAUUAUACACAUGUGAUCAGUGCAAUUUUAGGUAUUCUAAAAGGGAACAUCUAGAAGACCAUAAAACAGAAUGCCACGACCAAUACCAUUACAAUUGCUUCAUGUGCGGUACGGAAGUAUUCACAACGACCAAUCUGCAGGUCCAUAUCCGUAACCAUCUGCGUUUUUCUGUACCCUGCGACUACUGCGACAAAUCGUUCCUUAGUGAGCAAACGUGCUCCGCCCAUGUACGUUCGUGCCAUCGAAACCGCCAACGUGAACCCAAAUCGAAGAUUUUCAUUAAGUAUAAGAUCGAGAAGGACGGAUUUGAGGAGAAGGUGGUCGAGGAGCCGACCGGCAGAAUUAGUCCGCCGAUGAUCCGAAUGAUCCAGGUCGGCAAAAAGAAUUGCGAAUUGUAUCUGGAGAGGAGCAGGUCGGAAGAAACUGAAAUGAGACCGAUUUUGGAGUCCAUGGAAAACAACUAUUAACAGAUUGUUAGUGAAUGUCUAGGUUUUCUUGAAAUAUAGCUCUUUAUUUACAAUAUAGGUAAUUUUUAUACAAUUAUGAACAGACAAUAUUAAAAUAUCAGUUUUCAGAGUUGAGUUAAAUAUUUCUGUUAUUAAAGAACUAUAAUUCAGUACUUUCCCAAUAUAGGUUAUCAAAUUGUUUUAUGUUUCUUUAUUAUUCAUUUGAAUAUUCUGUUAAUUUCCACAACUAUAUAUUUUUAUCUAUAUCUUUAUCUAUUUGUUUAUGUAUAUGUAUGUAUAGAAGUAUACACAGGAUGUUGUGUAUUAAUAAUUCUAAGACUGUCCCCGUUUGUCAAUUUUAUUUUAAUUACAUUCAUAAUAAUUAUAUAAACGUUUUAAUUUAGAUAGGGAUGCUAUUAUAAAAUAGAAAUUAAGCAAUAGUCGAACUUCUUAACUUCGGAUUUAAAAUCGUGUCUUUAAAUAUUUGAUAUAUAAAUAGGUAAAAUAUUACCAGCAGAAGAUACUGUAAUCUGCAAAAUAAAUGUACCAUGUUUGUUAAUUACUUCUUUCCACUUAUAAAAAAUAAUCUAACGCUCUUGUAUUCUGGAGCUAUUAUUUCUUUGUUUCGUUUUAAUAAUGUAUUAUGAUUGAAGUAAAUUCAUAUUCUAAAAUCUGAAGAAACCUCAGUUUAUUUAUGCUACAAUUUUGCUAGAGUCGUUUGUUAUUUCAUAAUAAAUAUAUUAUGAAACACACUCAAAUGUAUAGAAAUAAAGAAUAGUAAGUUAAAUAAUACAUCUAUUUUGAAAUUUCUAGGCAAUUUUAAUUUAUGACCUGAUGUUAUUUCUUUUCAUAUAUGCGUUACAUGUGCCAAAUUUCAAAAUAAACAAACAUUGUUUUCCAAUAACCGUUCCCUAUACAUCUAAUAUUUACAAAUAGUCUUUUCUUGUAGUGUGUGUUUUCAAAAUGUAAACUAUGUAUUGUGAAAUGUUAAAUGACUGUAAGACUGAUAUAAAAUACAAACUCCAUUUACAAAUGUG